AAAUUACGUGACCCGGAAGUACUUCUUUUUUUAGUGUUGCUGACGAGACGUUGAUAGCCUUGCUCUGUUCUCAAAACAUUUACAUUUGUUGGCUAAUAUAGCCGACUGCAUUCUUCUUUGACCUUGCCUGCUUUAACGUGUUUAAAGGGGAGUCCUGUACUUCAAGAAAAGCGAGAUUUAACAGCACGAAGUUCUGAUACUUGCACGGUUUUGAAUGUGAGCUUGCUAGCUAGCUAUCUUCAGAUGAUGCAUUAGCUAGCUAGCUCGGUGCCACCGAAAUUGGGGACAACAAAGUUGAUAAUCGAAUCCAGAAGUUAGCCCAAACAAACAAUACGAAUUAGUUUGGAUGCAGCUUGUUUUGUGCUUUGAAAUAAUGGGUUUCAGUAAAACGAAUUACUGUAUCAACCAAGCUCAAUUGAGUUUUUCAUGUGAGCACUGAAUAACCUUGUUUCGGUAUUUUAAUGGGAGGCGGGCUGCGUUGGAGUAGUACAUCUAGUGGGCGACACUUGCGAAGAAGGCGAAGGUGCCGGCGACGUGCUGGGCUUGGAUGGACUCGCUUGCCGGGUACGUAUACAAAGCGGCUGCUGAGGGCCGAGUCCUGACGUUGGCCGCCCUGCUGCUCAACCACUCCGAGGCUGAGACACGAUAUUUACUGAGUUACGUGACCCACCUCGCUGGCCAACGGUCAACUCCUCUCAUCAUUGCAUCUCGAAACGGACACGAUAAAGUUGUGAGGCUGCUGCUGGAUCACUACAAGGUGGAUACUGAACAGACUGGCACAGUCAGAUUUGACGGGUAUGUCAUUGAUGGGGCCACCGCUUUGUGGUGUUCGGCUGGCGCAGGACACUUUGAGGUGGUCCGCCAGUUGGUGUGCCACCAGGCGAAUGUCAACCACACCACUGUCACCAACUCCACGCCCCUGAGAGCGGCCUGCUUUGACGGGCGCCUGGACAUUGUGAAAUACCUGGUGGAACACCAGGCCAACAUCGGCAUCGCCAACAAGUAUGACAACACCUGCCUGAUGAUCGCCGCCUACAAGGGCCACACGGAUGUGGUGGGCUUUCUGUUGGAGCAUGGCGCUGACCCCAAUGCCAAGGCCCACUGCGGGGCCACCGCCCUGCACUUUGCUGCUGAGGCAGGCCACCUGGACAUUGUGAAGGAGCUGGUGCGCUGCCAGGCAGCCAUGGUGGUGAACGGCCAUGGCAUGACGCCGCUCAAAGUGGCAGCGGAGAGCUGCAAGGCGGAUGUGGUGGAGUUGCUGCUGUUGCAUGCCGAGUGUGACCCACAAAGCCGCAUCGAGGCUCUGGAGCUCCUGGGUGCCUCGUUCGCCAACGACCGAGAGAACUAUGACAUCCUCAAGACCUACCACUACCUCUACCUGGCCAUGCUGGAGCGCCACCGCGAUCUCGGCGCGCUCAUCGCCAAGGAGCUGCUGCCACCCAUCGAGGCCUACGGCGGUAGGGGCGAGUGCCGCACCCCGCAGGAGUUGGAGGCCAUCCGGGCGGACCGCAAUGCGCUGCACAUGGAGGGCCUGAUGGUGCGCGAGCGCAUCCUGGGCUCGGACAACAUCGACGUGUCACACCCCAUCAUCUACCGGGGUGCCGUGUAUGCCGACAACAUGGAGUUCGACCAGUGCAUCAAGCUGUGGCUGCAUGCGCUGCUCCUGCGCCAAAAGGGCAACCGCAACACUCACAAGGACCUGCUGCGCUUCGCCCAGGUCUUUUCCCAGAUGGUGCACCUGAAGGAGCCGGUGGGGGCGGAGCCAGUGAAGCAGGUGCUGCACUGCAGCGUGCUGGAGAUCCAGAGGAGCAUGGCCAGGGUGGAAGCAGCGCCUGAGGCCGAGCUUCACACGGCCAUGGACAACUACGAGUCCAACGUGUUCACCUUCCUUUACCUGGUGUGCAUCAGCACCAAGACAGUGUGUGGUGAGGAGGAGCGCGCCCGCAUCAACAAGCAGAUCUACAACCUGAUCCAGCUGGACCCGCGCUCGCGGGAGGGCUCGUCCCUCUUGCACCUGGCCAUCAGCUCCAGCACUCCAGUGGACGACUUCCACACCAACGAUGUGUGCACCUUUCCCAACGCGCAGGUAACCAAGCUGCUGCUGGACUGCGGCGCGCAGGUGAACGCGGUGGACCACGAGGGCAACAGUCCGCUGCACAUCAUUGUGCAGUACAACCGGCCCAUCAGCGACUUCCUGACGCUGCACGCCAUCAUCAUCAGCCUGGUGGAAGCGGGCGCCCACACUGACAUGACCAACAAGCAAAAGAAGACGCCACUGGACAAGAGCACCACGGGAGUGUCGGAGAUCCUGCUCAAGACCCAGAUGAAGAUGAGCCUCAAGUGCCUGGCGUCGCGGGCCGUUCGCCAGCACCAAAUCACAUACCGCAACCAGAUCCCUAAGACUCUGGAGGAGUUUGUGGAGUUCCACUGAUCCACCUGGCCCUGGAGACCUUUUAAACAAUUAGAAUCUCUUGUUCUUUUUUUGUUUUGUUAUAAUUUUCUAACAAAUCAGAAUGGUGCUGGCUGGGGAUGAUUAUGAACAGUUUGACACAUUGUGGUUUUUAACAAUGGUUCCCUUUUUUUCUAUUAUAAGUAUGAAUUGCGAGUACCAGCAGGAGCGCCCAUGUUCUCGUUCUCCAGAUCUCUUACUGAAGUGUGUUAAUGUCUGUGGUUGUCAUUCUGACUCCUGGGUGUCACCAGCAGAAUGAGGAAAUUGACAGCCUGCUUUGUGCUUUCACUUUCCCCAGAGUGUUCCAAAGAGAAUACUUGGCACGGCCAAGCAUCCACACAAUGGUGACAACAGCAGGACCAUUUGACAGCUUGUACUGCAUGGAUCCAAUUGUCCCAGACAUCCAGCUGGGUUCGCAACCAUGAAAAGUAACAUUGCACUCUUGAUUCUUUUUGCCUUAUCAUGUUUGCCUGUUGCAGGGAUGUUGUGUGCCAUGUUGCAAUGAUUAUGGGGGUCAGUGGUUUGUUGGUGUGUGUUUGAGGGAGCGAAUGCGUGUCAGUCAGAGAUAGGCUGGGAGGUGAGACGGUAGUAGUUAGUCUUGGCGAUAGAGAAUAAGCAAGAAAUGCACGGCUUUGCCAAGCAGCCAGUCAAACUUGUGUGUUAGACAGUGACGCAGAGAUCUUGUGGGACUUUCUUUUAUUUCAGUCACCCAUUGCUCUUUAAAGUUGUCACGGUUCCACUGAUGUCUACAUUUUGACAUUGGUUUGCCUUGUGAUUCUCAUUUCUAGUUGGAUUGUCUGCCUAUGUUUGGUUCCAAACUCAUGACUGGUGAUUGAGUAUUGCAUUAUAAUAACAGAUCGUUUCAGAUUUCUCUAGAAGAACAGCGAGCCAAUCCACACAGUACAGAGAGGGAGAGAGAGAACUGCUGGACAGCACUUUAUACUUAUAAUAGGAGUAUUUUAUUUUUCUUUCAUAACUGAUAUUUAAAAAAAACAAAAAAUCAAAAGGAAGUUUUAUUUAAGAGGGUAUGUUUUAAGAUAUAUUUUUAUGGAAAAAACAUCUGUGGAAGUAGAUGUAAAAGGAGCUUUCUUUUACACAAACACUGACUGGUAAAGAUGUGCCUGUGAUUCUAUUUAGAUUUUCUCUAUCGGAGUAAUUAGGCGUAGAUGUCCCCAUUUAACCAAGUCACCAACGCAUGUGGGUUGUUGGCCAUCCUGAUGAGCUUUGCUGCAGUGUGAGGGAACGAGCUUGGCGGCUGUCUGUGGAGACUCCAUGGCUUUGGCUGAGUAUGACCACAUACGGGCCUUUAAAUAGAUGCUGCUGGUAUUGAUGUUUGAGCAUGUCUUCCAUUCUACGUCUUUUGGAUUUGUGUGUGUGGGUGCGCAUGCUGAGAUCGAGGGAAGGACUGUGGAAUGUUCCUGGCGGGGUUGAAUGUAUGCCUAUAGUCUUUCCCCUCAUGCUUUGCAACAUGUUGUUUGUCCAUAAUAACCAACGAUUUGUAUAGUCCGUCCUUGUUCUGUUUCCUAAUCAGAUGGUCAGAGAUUAAAGCUGAGAAUGAAAGGUGAUUUCUGCCGAUUUUUCUUUGAUUUUCAUCGAAGUGAUACUGUGACCAUAGCGUGCCGUUAAGUGUGCUUUCUACUUUAAAAGGGCGUGCGUGUUAAGACUUUAAAUGCUCUCGCUAUUGAUUUGAUCCGAUUUGGCUUUUACUGUGGUGACACUGUUUUAAAAAAGAAUCUCGAGUGGAGAAUGUAUGUACAUUACCAGUCAAAAGUUUGGACACACCUACUCAUUCAAGGGUUUUUCUUUAUUUUUUUAUUUUUAUUUUCUACAUUGUAGAAUAAUAGUGAAAACACAACUAUGAAAUAACACAUGGAAUCAUGUAGUAACCAAAAAAAAGUAUUGGUAUUUUAUUUAACUAGGCAAAUUCUUAUUUACAAUGACGGGCAAACCCUAACCUGGACGACACUGGGCCAAUUGUGUGCAGCCCUAUGGGACUCCUAAUCACGGCCUGUUGUGAUACAGCCUGGAAUUGAACCCGGGUCUGUGGUGACGCCUCUCACACUGAGAUGCACUGCUGUGCCACUCUGGAGCCCGAAACAAAUCAAAAUAUAUUUGAGAUUUUUCAAAGUAUCCACCCUUUGACUUGAUGACAGCUUUGCACACUCUUGGCAUUCUCUCAACCAGCUUCACCGAGAAUGGUUUUCCAACAGUCUUGAAGGAGUUCCCACAUAUGCUGAGCACUUGUUGGCUGUAUUUCCUUCACUCUGCGGUCCAACUCAUCCCAAACCAUCUCAGUUGGGUUGAGGUCGGGUGAUUGUGGAGGCCAGGUCAUCUGAUGCAGCACUCUCACUCUCCUUGGUCAAAUAGCCCUUACACAGCCUGAAGGUGUGUUGGGUCAUUGUCCUGCUAAAAAAAUAACUGAUAGUUCCACUAAGCUCAAAUCAGAUGGGAUAGUGUAUUGCUGCAGAAUGCUGUGGUAGCCAUGCUGGUUAAGUGUGCCUUGAAUUCUAAAUAAAUCACUGACAAUGUCACCAGCAAAGCACCCCCAAACCAUCACCACCACCUCCUCCAUGCUUCACGGUGGGAACCACACAUGCAGAGAUCAUCUGUUCGCCUACUCUGCAUCUCACAAAGACACGGAGGUUGGAACCAAAAAUCUCAACAUUGGACUCGUCAGACCAAAGGACAGAUUUCCACCUGUCUAAUGUCCAUUGCUCAUGGUUCUUGGCCCAAGCAAGUCUCUUCUUAUUGGUGUCCUUUAUUAGUGGUUUCUUUUCUCCCCCCCCCCCCCCACACACACCACCUUGUCACAACACAACUGAUUGGCUCAAAUGCAUUCAGAAGGAAAGAAAUGCACUUUGAACAAGGCACACCUGUUAAUUGAAAUGCGUUCCAGGUGUCUACCUCAUGGAGCUGGGUGAGAUAAUGUGUGAAAAGCUGUUAAGGCAAAGGGUGGCUACUUUAUAAAAUGUAUUUUGAUGUGUAUAGCACUACAUGGUUCAAUGUGUUAUUUCAUAGUUUUGUUGUCUUCACUAUUAUUCUACAAUGUAGAAAAUAGUACAAAUUAAGAAAACCAAUGAAUGAGUAGGGGUCUGUCCAAACUUUUGACUGGUACUGUAUAUCAGGUAUUUCUAUUUUAAUAUUUUGUAUUUGGGGUAAUGGAUGCAAAUGAACCCAAAGACAGUUUAACCCAGUUUUUUUUUUCUUCAGCAGUUUACAUGUUUUUUGGAAAGACUAAUGCUUUGAAGACAUGAAAGAUACUGCAUAUGUACAAAGUUGGUGUCAUAUUAAAGCUCAGUGUUUCCCAUUA